GUCUCUCUCCCUCUUUUCGCAUGGCGUCUCAAAACAGUAGGGGAGUUACUCUACCAUGGACAAGCAAAAGCAGAGACGAUGGAAUCCUAGCUAGGGUUUCCAGCACUAUAUCUCAAUCCCCAAUCGUGUAUCAUGGAAAGCGAGUGGUCUCUGAUGCAGCAUUUGUGACAAAAAAGCUCCUCAAGAGCACCGGCAAAGCAGCUUGGAUUGCAGGAACAACGUUUCUGAUACUAGUGGUUCCUCUCAUCAUAGAGAUGGAUCGAGAGCAGCAGUUGAACGAGCUUGAAAUGCAGCAAGCGAGUCUGCUCGGAACCCCCUCAAUUUCUCAUUCCUCUCCUCCCAAGUGAUGAUUAUGAUCCUCUCAGGUCAGGGAAGCUUGGUCCUCUAUAGGGUUUCGUUGCAUAAUUCAGAUAUAAUCUAGGGUUUAGUAUAAUUGUUUUCUGUAUUGGGUUGAUUAGGUUUUAGGGUUUUAGCGGUAUUGUGGUGUAUUCAAUACAAAAAGCGGAUUUUUCUAGGGUUUAUCUGUUUUUCUUGUGACGGAAUGGAAUUUGUGAUUUCUCUGGUUUAUGGUUUGAAAAUGUUUCAA